GGUCCAGUACCAUUAUCUAAUAAAUAAUCUGUGCAAAUCCGGCCAAUUGUUGCGGCACGAUGAUCGUGAUACACUACCCGUUGACUCGUGUAAUAGACGCGCCGAAUCCUUUCAACAUCAUACUAUGUAUGACACCAGCCGGCACCCAGAAACAGAGCUAAAGGAAGGUUUGACAAAAGGAGUGAAUCAAAUCCUAUGCAUUCUCUCAAAACUAUUGGAGUUGAUGGCUCCAAACUUGUUCUAGUCAUUCACCAAGCAUUCAGGGAGCGGAGCAGCCAUGAAUCAGGUUGCUUUGCUGCUUUUCUCACUAUGUUUUCUCCCUUUAAGUUUAACCACGGCAGCCCCCUCCCCUCCUCCCAAUAACGUCUCCACGACCGCCUGCCCGAUGGACCUCAACUACGUCCUGAGAAUCCCGUGGAAUACUUCACUCUGCCAAAAGUUUCAACCUUCAAACGGCUCCGACAAUGAAUCCCCCAAAACAUCUUGUUGUCAAGCUCUCCUCCUUGGCAUAGCUCUCGCCCGACGCCUCAAAGAAACAUCUCUCUUCCAACUCCCUAGCCUCCCCGUCUCCACUUCUUGUCUCCAAGACUUCCAGUCCAAGCUCAUCUCCCUCUCCCUCCCCACCAGCCUCGUUUCCUCAUGCUUUACCCCUUUACAGUUUGUCAUUUCACCCAACAUCUGUGCCGAAAUAGAGUCCACUCAAGAUUGGGUUGCCAAGGUUGGCCUCGACACUCCUCUGAACUCAGAUUGCCGGCAAGACCUCUCUGAUACAACCUCCUGCGAUAGCUGCGCGUUAGCUGGGUUCCAGGUUCAGCGUGAGUUGAUUGCUAUCGACGGUAAUACCUCUCAUGCUAAACCUUGCUGGUACUUUACUAUUCUUUAUGCUGCUGGUAUUGUUAACGAGUUUGGACCUGAGAGUGUGGGUGCCGUGACUUGUAUUUUCGCUUUAUCGCUUGAUUCACAAGUGGAUUCGGGGAGUGAUAGGCAUUAUGGUCUUGUUUUUGGGUUAACUGGAGCUGGGGUUGCGGUUUUGGUCAUGACUUGUUUGUUGGGAUUGUAUUUUUGGUUUGAUAGGAGGUGGAGGAAGAAGAAAGUUGAGGGGUCGAAUUUGGGUUAUGGUGACGAUUUAGAGGAACUGGGCUCUAACCAACGAGUGAGGCCGAAUACAGGGUCGAUUUGGUUCAAAAUUCAGGACCUUGAGAAGGCAACUGAUCAUUUUUCACAGAAGAAUUUUAUCGGUCGUGGUGGUUUUGGAAUGGUUUAUAAAGGUGUUUUACCAGAUGGAACUGUGGUCGCGGUGAAGAAGAUUGUGGAAUCUGAUCUUCAUGGAUAUGCUGAGUUUUGCAAUGAGGUUGAGAUUAUUAGCAAUUUGAAGCACCGGAAUCUUGUUCCACUUAGAGGGUGUUGUAUGAUUGAUGGGGAUGAGGAUUAUGAUGAGAGGGGAAAUCAGAGGUACCUUGUAUAUGAUUACAUGCCAAAUGGUAAUCUUGACGACCAUCUGUUUCCAUCUGCUGAUGGUGGAAUGGGGAAAUCAUUGACCUGGCCUCAAAGAAAAGACAUAAUCUUGGAUGUUGCGAAGGGGCUAGCUUAUUUGCACCAUGGAGUCAAACCAGCAAUAUAUCAUAGAGAUAUCAAGGCGACAAACAUACUAUUGGAUGUGGAUAUGAGAGCAAGAGUGGCGGAUUUUGGGCUUGUAAAGCAGAGCAGAGAAGGUCAGUCUCAUCUCACAACCAGAGUGGCUGGAACCCAUGGGUACUUGGCCCCGGAAUAUGCUCUUUAUGGUCAGCUGACAGAGAAGAGUGAUGUUUAUAGUUUUGGAGUGGUGGUUUUGGAGGUAAUGUGCGGGAGAAAAGCUCUUGAUCUGUCAUCUGGAUCACCACGAGCAUUUCUAGUAACAGAUUGGGCUUGGUCAUUGGUAAAAGAUGGAAAAGUAGAAGAGGCUUUAGAUGCUUCUUUAUUGAAUGAUAGGGAUUCUGUGAACUCGAAUCCAAAGAGCAUAAUGGAGAGAUUUGUGCUGGUUGGAAUUUUGUGCGCUCAUGUAAUGGUUGCUUUGAGGCCAACUAUUUUGGAUGCCUUGAAAAUGCUGGAAGGAGAUAUCGAGGUUCCUCCAAUUCCUGAUCGACCAAUGCCUCUUGCACACCCUUCGUUUUAUGACGACCGUAAUAACUUCAGCAGAUCACCGGCACAAAGUGGGCCACAAUUACAUAGUGGGGACAUGCUCAGGUAAUCAAGAAAGUUAUUUUUGAAUACUUCUGCAUCUUUGGAAAAAAUGUAGGAAGGUGGAAUCCUGGACGUUGAAGGCCGUUCUUUGCACGUAUUCAUUGUGCUGCUGAGCAUCUAAAUGCAUGUAAAGGUCAUAGACUGAGUAGUAUUACUUGCGCUAAGCCU